AUGGCGCCUGAAUAUGCAAUGCGAGGAUACUUGACUGACAAAGCAGAUGUUUAUAGUUUCGGAGUUGUUAUUUUAGAAAUUGUCAGUGGAAAAGGCAACACAAGUUACAUGCCAAAAGAAGAGUUUGUUUAUCUUCUUGAUUGGGCCUAUGUUCUCCAAAAGCAAGGAAACCUUCUUGAACUAGUGGAUUCAAAUCUUGGUUCAAGCUAUUCCUCACAAGAAGCCAUGAAAAUGCUGGAGUUGGCACUCAUAUGCACUAGCCCAUCUCCAACUCUGAGGCCAUCCAUGUCCUCUGCUGUUAGCAUGCUUGAAGGAAAGUUGCCAAUCCAAGCCCUAACAAUCAAACAUCGAGAGAAUGACCAGGAUGUGAGAUUCAAGGCCUUUGGAAUACAAUCAUCUUAA